UUAUUAUGGAAAAUCAAUUGAAAAUAUUUUAGGAAGAAUUAUAAGAGUUGCUCAUCAAAUCAUAAUUGAACAUGAGAAAGUUGACUAUCAAUAAUAUCUAAUUGUCUGAUCUAAUGAAGACGUCAGCCAACGAUCUCCAUCAAGCAGUUGAAGAAAAUACUGAUAAAGUAAAUCUUUAAAUAAAAUAAUGUAUGCAAAUGCAAGAUGAAUUCUUACAAAUUGAAGCCUUAUAAAAGAAAGUGUAUUAAUAAAUAAUAAUUAAAUAGGGAAAUCUUUAGAUUGAUAGUAGAAGAAAUCUAGAAAAAGAAAGAACAAGAAUAUUAGAGUUUAUUAAAAGCAUGAUGAAUUAAUAAUAAAUAUUUACACCAUUC